AGUUCAAGCCCCAGGAUUUGCAAAAAAAAAAAAAGGGAGGGGGGAAGAAAGCUGUACUGUAACACAUUAUAAUUAUAUUGCUGAAAAUAAGUGAUUUAGAAAACUUAAAUGUAGUCAGAGGAAAGAGAUACAUUAUAUAUGGGAACAAAGAUAAGACCAAACAGCAGAAAUAGUACAAGCCAGAAUAAAUGAAUACAUUAAUUAAUUGUAUGCCUAUAAAUACACUUUUUUUUUCUAUUGCUAGAGAGUGAAUCCAAGGCCUUAUACAUGCUAGCUAAGACAAGUCUCACAAAGUUUUCUGCCCAGGCUUGCUUCAAACCAUACUCCUCAGAUUUCAGCCUUUUGAGCAUCUAGGAUUAUAGGCAUGAGCACUGGUGCCUGUCUUCAAAACUUUUUCAGUACUCAUGUGACACUUCUAGAGGAAAUUUCCACACUUGGUCUCUCAUGAUGGUUGUUAUAACACUGAUGCGCUAAAAAGUUUUGUAUAACAACGUCUCUGCCUAUGUGUUUGGGAAACAAUUUUUUCAUAACCAUGAAUAUGGAUCCUCAUCUGUAAGAUAUCAUGUAUUUUGCAUUUCCAGAAUCUGAAACAUUUCUAGACCUAAGCCUUUACGAUUAGGACACUUAUAUGUACUGGAUGAAUGGUGAGUGUGUCUGUGAGUGUCAGUGUGACUGCCAACUAAGAUUUCCAUCUUGGAUUUGGGCAGCUGUGGAGCCUGAUGUGUUCUGCAUUGAACCCCUGGGAAGUUUGGUGUUGUAAGAUUGCAUCGGCAGUAGGAGACAUGACUUUACAGGGGUCUAAAUUGGUGUGAGUUUGGGAGUUACAGAUUGCUGAGAUCGGUUGGCACAGAAGACACUACUGUCCUGUUCUCUGUGGUUUGGGUUGUAAGGUUUACAUCUGCCCGGAUGCUGCUGAAGAUGACAUUUCUUUCUCCUUGCCCUCUAGAUACUCAGGUGUCUGCUUAACCUGCAGAGCCUUAUGACUGUGACUGUGACAUAUAGUUUAGACCAUUGAUUUGUAAAAACAUGCAGUAUAUAUGUGACCUCGAGCUAUCAGCAGGCAAGCCAAGUGAGGGUGAGAGCCCCUCAAUUCAAGCUCUGGUACCAAAAGAUACAGGGAAUCCACAUGAAAGUCUGUUGUAUCAAGAGGCCACGUCAUUUCGUCACUCCUCAGUUCAUUCUUUGAGCCCUGUGUUUGGGAGCUCUUAGUUCAUGUGGUGCAAGUCCUGUCAGCUCACACCCCUGGUCUGCUGGAGUGCCCAUCGUAGGACAGGGUUCUCCCUAAAGAGCCAUAUGCAGUGGAGCUGGCAGGGCCGGACGCCACCCGGGAAGGCUCUGGGCGAGCUGGGGACGUUGAAAAGGGUCGCAGCGAUCUUGAAGCAGCAGCUUAGGCCCUGUUUCUCCCUCCACCAGUUUGGCUGCCGCAGGGACACUUGGGUGGCAGGAGAGAAACUGGAAUACUGGAAUACUGCGUGUCCCCUUCACCUUCACCCUGUGCCAAGGCUCCAGGCAGGGACAGAGCAGUGCUGGUCCUGCUGCCCCCUACCCUGAGUCUUCAGAUCCUCUCCAGGGCCUGCAGGUGUUACUGGGAUUACCUGAUAUGGGUUAAAAUCAUGCCCCAUAAAUGCUGGUGUUGGGACUUUAGGUGUUUCCAAACCCCUGAACUUUGGCUUCUCUUCCUAUGUUUCUAAGGCGAGUUUUACUUUUCCCAAAGGGUGAAUUGGGGGGGAGGAUGCAAGGCAGUAAUCUUGUCUCUUCCUCAGGCCUUAUCUCCACCUUCACCCCACAGUAGGGAAAUGUUUAAAAACAAGCCAUGGAAAUCUGGUAACUGAUGAUAAAUUGUAUAUUACUCCAUCAUAAUAACACAUAAGGAAGUCUUAGUGUUGAGUGUGCGGCUGCCAUCUGACUUUGUUGUUUGGGCAGAACAGUCCCCUCAGUGACGGUUUUAACUCAGCUUGCCAACCUGCCACCCCAGCCCCAGCGCUCUGGCAUUGUAGCUUCAGGCACAGCGCAUUGUGGGAGGAUAUUCUGGAGCUUUCUCAUGGUCCCAAAAUUCAGGAUUGCAGUUUCUUCUGGGAGAAGUGACACGGCAGUACAGUGAAGAGUUAAGAGGUGCUUUUUUUUUUUUUUUUUUAAGAUUUUCUGUAUGGAGUUACUGUUUUAUAACACUGAGUUCAGUUUUAGUCAAAAAGUUUCCUAUUUUAUGUUUUACUAUGUAAACAUACAUGUGCAUUUUUUUUGUUAUCAGGUUUUGAAAAUAGAAUUUUUUUUUUCUAUUCCAGACUCCUUUUAGUUUUGGCAUGAAUCAUAGGACUCCACCCUACCCCGCUGGGGAUUAUUGUCUCCUAUGCAGAAGUGAACGGAAAGACUCUUCAUUCUUAGAGAGUGGAGUUAAGACUGCGAGCAAAUUGGCCCUGUCCAUGGCUCCCAAGGGCAACAGCGUGCUGCACCUGCCGCUGUGGGUGUGCCCAGACUGCCGGAGGACCGUGGAGAAGGAGGAGAGGCACGGCAGCCUUGACCAGCCGCAGGGUCAAGAUUUUCUUCUUCAUUCCCCGCUGGGGGGCUCGCAGCCAGAGGCCAGUGGUUCUAGUAGGCUGACCUUGGGUGCGCAGACACUGCCCUCGGACACUGCGUGCUCAUGCGAGGCCUGCAGUGAGCGCAGAGACAUCUCAGCAGAGACGGACCGGGAACCACAGCAGCUGCAGAACUACUGGUCGGAAGUACGCUACAUGGUCCGCUGCAUAUAUCGCCAGGCAGGGACCCCACUGGCAGAUGACCAGGACCAGACUUUGGUACCUGACAAGGAGGGAGUGAAGGAGCUCGUAGAUAGGCUCUGUGAGCGGGAUCCCUACCAGCUGUAUCAGCGGUUGGAGCAGCAAGCCCGGGAAUACGUGUUAGAGAUGAAGGUCCGCCUGCUCCGUCAGUUGUCAGCUGCUGCAAAGGCAAAAGCCCCUUCUGGCCUGCAAGGCCCACCACAAGCACAUCACUUCGUCUCCCUCCUCCUAGAGGAGUAUGGCGCCCUCUGCCAGGCAGCACGCUCCAUCAGCACCUUCCUUGGCACUCUGGAAAACGAACACUUGAAAAAGUUCCAGGUGACAUGGGAACUGCAUAAUAAACAUCUGUUUGAAAAUCUGGUCUUUUCAGAGCCACUUCUCCAGAGCAGCUUGCCAGCACUGGUGUCACAGAUCAGGCUAGGGACCACCACACAUGACACCUGCAGUGAGGACACGUACAGCACCUUGCUGCAGAGGUACCAGCGCUCUGAGGAAGAACUGCACAGGGUUGCUGAGGAAUGGCUAGAGUGCCAGAAGAGGAUAGAUGCCUAUGUGGACGAACAGAUGACAAUGAAAACCAAGCAGCGUACGUUAACAGAAGACUGGGAAAUAUUUAAGCAAAGGCGAUUUAUUGAAGAACAGUUAACUAAUAAGAAAAUGGUUACUGGCGAGAACAACUUCACAGACACCAUGAGGCACAUGUUAUCAUCCCGGCUGAGCAUGCCUGACUGCCCCAACUGCAACUACAGGAGAAGAUGUGCUUGUGAUGACUGCAGCCUGUCACACAUCCUCACUUGUGGUAUCAUGGACCCCCCCGUCACUGACGACAUCCACAUUCACCAGCUACCACUCCAAAUGGAUUCUGCUCCCGACUAUCUCUCUGAGAUGCGCCCACCUAGUGUGUCCUCAGCAAGCUCAGGGUCAGGCUCCAGCUCUCCCAUCACAAUUCAGCAACAUCCCAGACUCAUCCUCACAGACAAUGGCUCUGCACCAACUUUUUGUAGUGAUGAUGAAGAUGUCGCACCAUUGUCAGCAAAGUUUGCUGACAUCUACCCAUUGAGCAACUACGAUGACACUGAGGUGGUGGCCAACAUGAAUGGGGUCCACAGCGAGAUGAAUGGCGGUGGGGAAAACCUGGCCCUGAAAGAUGAGUCUCCUCAGGUAAGCAGCACCAGUAGUAGCUCUUCAGAAGCUGAUGAUGAAGAAGCAGAUGGCGAGAGUAGUGGGGAACCCCCAGGAGCUCCAAAAGAAGAUGGGACCCUAGGAAGUGGAAGCCCCAGGGCAGAGGAAAGGAAAGUGGACACUCCACCCCCAUCCUACCCAGCUCAGCAGGCUGAACAAACUCCAAACACUUGUGAAUGUCAUGUUUGUAAACAAGAAGCUUCUGGGCUGACAGCAGCAGCAAUGACAGCUACAGCCCUGCCUCCUGGUCAUCAGUUCCUGAGCCCAGAGAAACCCACACACCCUGCGCUUCACCUGUAUCCCCACAUCCAUGGACAUGUACCCUUGCACACUGUCCCCCACCUGCCUCGGCCACUUAUCCACCCUACCUUGUAUACAGCACCCCCUUUCACACACAGUAAGGCUUUACCGCCAGCACCUGUUCAGAAUCACACAAAUAAGCAUCAGGUAUUCAAUGCAUCUCUUCAAGACCAUAUUUAUCCAAGCUGUUUUGGGAACACUCCAGAGUGGAAUAGUUCUAAAUUUAUAAGUCUUUGGGAGUCAGAAGUGAUGAAUGAUAAGAACUGGAAUCCUGGCGCUUUCUUGCCAGAUACAAUUUCUGGAAGUGAUAUAUUAGGGCCAGCACUCUCAGAAGCAAGACCUGAAUCCCUUCCACCUCUACCUAGCAAUGAAGCUCCAGACAGCAAAGAGAAAAAGAAUGCUGCGAAGAAGAAGUGCUUGUACAAUUUCCACGACGCAUUUAUGGACGCAAAUGAAGUGGCCGUGGCCAGCACAGUGGCCAUGGCCACCUCCUCAGCCACGUCCUCGGUGUCCUGUACGGCCACAACGGUGCAGUCCAGCAGCAGCCAGUUCAAGGUGUCGUCCAGGAGGCCACCUUCCCUGGGUGACGUCUUUCAUGGCCUCAACAAGGAGGACCACAGACACCCAGCACCCAUCGCCCCAAGGAACAGCCCCACAGGCCUCGCCCCUCUUCCAGCCCUCUCCCCUGCUGCGCUUUCCCCGGCCUCGACGCCUCACCUUGCAAACCUCGCAGCCCCAUCCUUCCCCAAAACUACAAGCACAGCUCCUGCCUUUGUGGACACACGGAAGAACUUCUGUCCCACCCCUGUGGCUCCCCCGCCCUCCACCACAGACGGCUCCGUCAGUGCUCCACCCAGCGUGUGCAGUGACCCCGACUGUGAAGGGCACCGCUGCGAGAACGGCCUCUAUGACCCCCAGCAGGACGAAGGCGACGAGAGCGCCGAGGAAGACAGCUGCUCGGAGCACAGCUCCAGCACCUCUACCUCCACCAACCAGAAGGAGGGCAAAUACUGCGAUUGCUGCUACUGCGAGUUCUUCGGACACGGCGGGCCUCCAGCUGCACCAACAAGUAGAAAUUAUGCAGAAAUGAGGGAAAAGCUUCGCUUACGGCUAACCAAGAGAAAAGAAGAACAACCUAAGAAAAUGGAUCAGAUCUCAGAACGGGAGAGUGUUGUUGACCAUCGAAGGGUGGAGGAUUUGCUACAGUUCAUCAACAGCUCAGAGACCAAGCCAGUAAGCAGCACUCGGGCGGCCAAGCGAGCCAGGCAUAAGCAGAGAAAGCUAGAGGAGAAGGCACGCAUGGAAGCUGAGGCCCGGGCCCGGGAACACCUGCACCUCCAGGAGGAGCAGAGGCGGCGUGGGGAAGAGGAAGAGGAGGAGGAGGAGGAGGAAGAGGAGGAACAGCACUUCAAGGAGGAAUUACAGCGGCUUCAGGAACUCCAGAAGCUAAGAGCUGUAAAAAAGAAGAAGAAGGAGAGGCCAAGUAAAGACUGUCCCAAGAUAGACAUGCUUGCUAGAAAUUUCCAGGUAGUGACAGAGUCUAUCCCUAACUCUGAAAACAUCCACAAUGGCUCACUAGAGCAAACUGAAGAACCAGAAACCUCAUCUCACUCCCCUUCCAGACAGGUGAACCACUCAGAGCCCGGUCCGGGGCCAGGAGCUGAUGGGGACCCUACAGACCCCCUGGACCCUAGAGCCUCCAAGCUUCUGCUCACCAAGGAAGUCAAUGGGAAGCAGCCUGAGCCGCUUGCCUUUCUCUUCGACAUGAUGCAUCAUCAUAAAGAGGGAAAUGGCAAGCAAAAGCUGAAGCAAACCAGUAAAGCCAGCAGUGAGCCUACUAGGAAACCCACAGAGUCCCCCAAAGUUACAGAGGGGUACCCCAAGCCUCGAACCCAGAUGGAAUCAAAGGCUAAGAUGUUUGAUCUGGCUCCCCUGACGGAGCCGAAGAGAGAGGAGAGGAAAAUCAACAGUAACAACAAUAACAAAAAGCAGCUGAGCCACCUGAAGGAGGAGAGAUCAAACCCAGGCCCUCCCCUGAGCCACCUGAAGGAAGAGAGAUGGAAUCCCGCCCCUCCCGAGUCACCCUUGCCCAGCCAGCCUCAACCUCCCCUGAGCAGCCGGCUCACCCUGGCGGACUCUCCUCAGCCCAAGGGCAAGAGCAAGAAAAGUAAGAAGAAGAAAGGAGACAGAGCCAGCAGUUCAAUUGAUGACGUCUUUCUGCCUAAAGAUAUUGACCUGGACAGCGUGGACAUGGAUGAGACCGAGAGGGAAGUGGAGUAUUUUAAAAGGUUCUGCUUGGACUCUGCUAGACAGACCCGACAAAGGCUGUCCAUCAACUGGUCCAACUUUAGCUUGAAGAAAGCGACCUUUGCUGCCCACUGAGCGGGGACUGCCCGCGGAGGGACGUGGGGGGACGCAGCCGGGCUGCGCCGUCCCUGGAGCCAGGCCCCUCACGGGCCCCCAGAGCUCGCAGUGCCUGCCUGGGGCCUGCAGGGCAGGAUGCCGUGGCCUGAGACCCCAGACCCGGAGCUCGCUGCGCCGCCCGCGCUGUCGGCCGUGCGUGUGGCGUCCGUGAGCGAGACUUACUUGAUUGUAGCUCUCUGCUGUUGGACUGGGAAGCCCUCCGCCACCGCGCCUCAGGGCCGGGCCUGCGUCACCCACGGGGCCUCGGGGCCUCUGCGCCCCGCCCAGUCCUGUCCUCUGUCCCUCAGCUCCUGUGUGCCCUCUGUCCCACCCACGGCAGGCUGGGCGGGCAGGCCUCCUUCGUUCUCCAGUCUACUGUUCCUGAGUGUACACGUUGCGCUGUUUGUGUUUGACCCCCUGACUUGUAGCCAGCUUGUGUAAGACCCCUUGCAGAAUGAGAACGUUAAAAUCAAAAACCCACCCAGUACUCACACCAUCCAGUCUGUUCUAGAGCGUACGACCGUAUUAACACGGAGGCCUGCCUGGCUACUUUUUUAACAUAUUGUUAAGUAAUAUUAAAAUCAUGUCUUUCUUUUUGAAAGAUGGAAUACAUUAGUACAGCAGGAAACCCAGUCUGGUUGCUUUCUGCUGGGAGCAGUGGGCACAGGAGGGGGUGGGAGAAGGGAGCCAGGACCACCACCCCUGGAACAGUUCUGGGUGGCCCAGAACAGCCAGUUGAAAGAGCUGGCCCCCCCUCAUCAGGCUGGGGCGGGGGGGGGGGGUCGGCUGGCAGCAGGUGGGAUAGGACUCCCGAGGGUUGGUACCACUGGAGUAGGGUGUGGCCUGUGUUAGUACCUUUCGAGGACAGUGGGCCAGGGUCACCUUCAGCUUAUAGCAGGUGUCUCUGGGGGGGGGGGGGGCAGGGGGAUUAGGAUCUAUACUUAGGAUAUAACUUGGCUCUAUAUAGAACAAGUUGUACAUGUUUAAUUGGGUACAAAUUAGGAUCAAAUUGAAUAGUACUUAAAAUUAAGAGGAAAGGGGCUGGGAAUAUGGCCUAGUGACAAGAGUGAUUCACUCAUAUACAUGAAGCCCUGGGUUCGAUUCCCCAGCACCACACAUAUAGAAA